AUGUUGUUCGCGGCUGCCACACGAAGCUGCGCUGUCCGAAGUGCUUACUCCUCCAUCCGACCGCUUGUACGACGUACCUCUGCUCUUCACCUCGCUCGCACUUUUACCGCUUCCUGCGCCAUCACAUCUCCGAACCAAUCUCCAGCCAAACCCGCUCAGAUCUUUCCUAGCAUGACGACCGUGUUCCCUACACAGCGACUGCACAACAAGACCGUGCUUGUCACGGGUGCCUCGGGCGGAAUCGGCAAGGCUGCCGCUGUGCUCUUUGCGCGAGCUGGAUGCAACGUCGUGCUUACCGCACGUCGGGCUGAGGCGCUCUCGCAAGCAGCUACCGAGUGCUCGCUCGCCAACCAGCAGGGCCAGACGGGCGCCGGAGGCAACUUUGCCGCCAUUACGCUCGACAUGCGCGACCGCACGCAGCUUGACGGUCUGCUCGCCAGUCUUCCGGACUGGGCCAAGAAUGUCGACAUUCUCGUCAACAACGCCGGCCUCGUGCUCGGCACGGACAAGGUGGGCGACAUCUCGCCCGACGAGAUCGACGUCAUGCUCGACACCAACGUGCGUGGGCUCAUCCACCUCACGCAGAUCUUUGUGCGCGAGUUCAAGAAGCGCAACGCAGGCCACAUCAUCAACCUCGGCUCCAUCGCCGGUCGCGAGGGAUAUCCGGGUGGCUCGAUCUACUGCGCCACCAAAUUCGCGGUGAACGCCUUCACGAGUGCGCUGCUCAAGGAGCUUGUCGACACCCCGAUCCGCGUCACCGAGAUCCAGCCCGGCAUGGUCGAGACCGACUUUAGCGUGACGCGCUUCAGGGGCGACAAGAACGCGGCGGACAAGGUGUACCAGGGCCUGCAGCCGCUUACGCCCGAGGACAUCGCCGAGGAGAUCGUCUGGGCCGCCAACCGCCCGGCGCACGUCAACAUCGCAGAAAGCCUCGUCUUCCCCGUCAACCAGGCCAGCCCCUACCACGCCUUCCGCGGCGGCAAGUGA